UGGGGCUCCGCUCCCGCAGAAGCCGGCCCCUGCCCUCCCCCGAGCCCGCCGGGGCGGGAGUGGAAGCAGGAUCCCGCUCUUUCGUUUUCGUUUCCCGGAAGGAUAGCGAUUACCGGAGCGCCCUGCGCGCCUGCUCGCCCGGGAACCUGAGCGCACACUACCCGGCACUUAAGGGACUUCCUCCCACGAGACCUUCCAGCUCUCCCGGCCAAGUUAGGGAUUUGGGAAAGGAGGGUCAGAGAGCGCCGGCUUAGGGCCCAGCAUUCGCAGGCUUUGGGGCGCUCACGACGACAGCCCGGCUCCCUCACCUCCACCUGUAAUGCAGGAAGGAGCAUUGGCAGGUUUUCUUGGGAGCACCACGGCAGCCACCCCACCCCCAGGCACCCAGGCCCAAGCCAGAUGUGAAGCUCGAGUGGACCUGCUGGGUGAGGGGGAAAUCUGCAAAUUGCCAGGAAGACUCCGCAUCCAGCCCUCGCUCUGGAGCAGGGAGGACGUGCUGCACUGGCUGCGCUGGGCCGAGAAGGAGUACUCUCUGCAGCGCACCCGGGAGCACGGCUUCGAGAUGAACGGCCGUGCCCUGUGCAUCCUCACCAAGGACGACUUCCGGCUCCGCGCACCAGGUUCAGGUGAUGUCCUGUACGAGUUGCUGCAGUACAUCAAGACCCAGCGGCAAGCCCUGGUAUGUGGGCCCUUUUUUGGAGGGGCCUUCCGACAGAAGAUCCCCACUCAGCACUUCUCCUGCUCCCUGGAAGAGGGGACCAGGCCCUCUCACGUGGCCCUUCAGCAGCCACAAGACCUAAGGCUUGCCAGCUCUGUGAGCCACCUGGAUGCCCCUGACCUGACCAGGUGGCGCCUCAGCAAGGAGGAGUCCCUCAGCUUGUGUCACAGUGUGGAGCUCGGCUGCAGGGCCGAGGGCGUCUGCCCCUUCCCCACUGAGCCGCAGGCCCCCAUCGACGGCAGGAUCGCAGACUGCCGGCUGCUGUGGGAUUACGUGUACCAGCUGCUCUCUGACACCAGGUACGAGUCCUACAUCCGGUGGGAAGACAAGCACGCCAGGAUCUUUCGAGUCGUGGAUCCGAAUGGGCUCGCCAGACUCUGGGGAAACCACAAGAAUCGGGUGAACAUGACCUACGAGAAGAUGUCGCGUGCUCUGCGCCACUAUUAUAAGCUGAACAUCAUUAAAAAGGAGCCCGGGCAGAAACUCCUGUUCAGUCCUUUGGUGACUCAGUGACUAUGACCCAGUGAAGAUUGCCACCCACCUCCAUCUACGGCUUCCUGUGAUCCGAUACCUGUAUCUGCCAUGUGACUGGGCAAGUUGUUCCACCUCGCUGGAGCCUCAGGUUUCUCAUCUGUAAAAUGGGAAUGUCACUCCUGACAGACCUCACAGGAAAGCCAGGAAACUUCAAUAAGAUGAUAUUUGUGAAGUGCUUCUUGUAUGCCUGCUGUGUAGGAGCACCAAAUCCGUGUGAGCUAAGAAAACUGCAAACCAAAACCUGCUCUAAAGCAUGAAAAUCCCUGUCCUGUUGGUUCAGCUUCUCUUCUCUGCUCCCCAACCUCCAGUACUGGCUGGGGCCCCCUCAGGAGGUGGGAGCCUCUGCCCCUGCACCCCCCAGCAAGGGUUGGGGAGAAAGGGGAGUGUUUUCACUUAAUCAAAAACAGAAUUUCUUGGAUUUCCAUCUUCUUUCUUGGAAGGAAGAAACUACUGCCUCUUCCCUCUGGCAGGUCAGAAAACCCUGUCUGGCAGAGCCUGAGCUGGCCUUGAGUCACUGUCCAGGAGAAGCUGAUAAGGAUUCUUGGACCUUGGGACUCAAAGCUGUGACUGCUCAUGAGCAGGGAGAUUCUUGGCGUAGUCCUGUCGGGAACCUUCUAUAACUCCACAGCAGGAGGGGCCAGGCAGGGGGCCUUGGCAAAGGUCCCGUAGGAAAAUCCUUGCCCCUUCCAUUUUCCCUGAGACUGUUGUAUCUUUUUGACUUCACUCCAGGGUGAACUCACGCCCCAUAGCCUUUCUCACUCCCCAACCCAGAACUACAUAAUUGACCUGGGAGGGACUGUCCAAGUCAACUUGUCCAGCCUCUCCUUUUAUAUUUACAGAUAACACCACUGAGGCUAGAGAAGGGGAGUGACUUGCUCAGGGUCACACAGCCCAGCUCAGCCUGCUGGCCCCUAAUGUUGCCUCAUUUCUUCUUGUUUUGCAUCUUGCUCGUGGGUGCAAGAUGUAGAGGUUUAAACAAGAGAAUGGAGUCAUAAGUCCUUCCAGCUACCAUGUUGGCAUUUGCCUGCUGGUAUGUUAAUGGCUGAAAACUGCUACAUAUCCUGGGGACUAUGUCUUCACUCAGGAUGAUGAAUCUCACCCAACACAGGGACGACGGGACCAGGCGUGGGCUGUGGGCUUUGGCAGAGUCCCCCAGCCUAGAUCUCAGGUCUUUGGACUCUUCUUCCAGCCCUGGGCUCAGCUCCACUCUUUCCCCCUCUCCCCAGGCACAUUGGGCUCUGGGAUGGGUAUCUGGGAGCCAGGAAUAAAGGGAUUCUUCAGCCCUUCCUUCCACGAACAUUAAUUGAGCACCUGCUGUGUACCUGGCAUCAAGUGAGGCUCUGGUUUUCCAUCCAUUUUUUUACACAAUUAGAUUCCUGAAAAGUCACAGGUCGCUGAAAACAACGUGUGUCAAAACGGACUUCCUCACAGAUAAGUUUAAUAAACUGAAAAUAUAGUCUCAUGGGUU